AUGUAGAAGUCUUAAGCUUAGUAAAAAUACUAGAUUCACUAAGAUGGUGUCCUUAAUAGAAGGAGACUCUUUCAAGAAGAUUCGUUUAAAAUAUAAGACAUAAACCAUGUAUCUAGCGGUCAAAUAGAAGAAGAAGAAUGCAUAUUUAAAAGCAAAACAAACAUUGCGAAUUUAAAUUAUUAUUAAAACCUGAAUUAUGAACAUAAAGAAAAUGAAUCAAGUAAAACAAUAGAUCAAACUCUAAGUCAUUUUUAAUAAAACAGAAUUCUUGAUAACUUAUCAAUUAAGACAAAGAAUUCAAUUGAAAAUUUAAAUGAAGAAUCCAUGUAAUAAUAAAUACAAAGUCAAAUUCAAUUUAAUGAAAGAAGAUAAUCGAAGUAGUUAACUAUUUAAAUCGAUAAAAAAGAUUCAUACUUGACUGUUCAACAAAUGAAAUAAGUUAAAAAAUCAAAAUUAAUGUAGAUAAUUAAUAGCGAUAUUGAUCAUUAGGAAGAAUAGCAAAAAGAAAUUAAUGGAGAGGAAGAUAAUAAAGAUAAUUAAAAGGAAGAGCAUCUUUCCUUUUAAAAUAUGUAUACUGCAAUUAGUCUCUUUUACAGGCAUUUUAAAUGA